AUGCCACUCGACCGCAAGAGGACGGUCAGGAAGACAGCAAAUGAUGAGCUCAAUGCCAUCCUCUACGAGUGGUUUAAGGACAGUACGGCUCGGCAGCUCCCUGUGAGUGGACCACUUCUGCAGGAGAAGGCAAAGGAGAUAGCAACCCAGCUCCAACUCGAUGAAUUCAAGGCAUCCAAUGGUUGGUUAGACGCCUUUCGUCGGCGUCACAACAUUAUCUUCGGGAAGAUGAAUGGAGAGAGUGGGGGCGUGGAGACCGCAGUAGUUGACGACUGGAAGCAGAAGCUGCCGGAUCUAUGUGACGGCUAUGCCUUUCGUGACAUAUACAACAUGGACGAGACAGGGCUGUUCUACAAGGCAUCCAUCGACUCCACCCUGCAUUAUAAAAGGGACAGACUGCUCCGGCGGGAAGCGGUCAAAGGAGCGCAUCACCCUGAUGCUUUGCGCAAACGCCCUCGGGGAGAAAGAGCCAGCGAUGGUGAUCACGCUAUCAAGAAGGCAUGGAUGACCAGCAAUCUCUUUGAGCUGUUCUCAACAAGAAGAUGCAGCGGCAAACUGUCAAACGUCAAGCUCAUAUUUCUACCACCGAACACCACCUCUAUCACCCAGCCAAUGGACCAGGGCAUCAUCCAAGCAGCAAAGCUAAAGUUCCGCAAGUGGCAGCUGAAAAGCAUCAUACAUCAGAUGGAACAGGAGCCGAGCCUGACAGCACCAGAACUCAUGAGAAACACAGACAUCCUCAAGGCCAUCUACUGGGUUGACAGAGCGACUUUGAGGCAGGGGCAGGUGAAUGCAGAGGAGCCAAGAGAUGAAUUGGAUGCCGUGUGCCAGAAGGAGUUGAAGAUGUCAUUAGAAGAGUUGGUGGGGGUUGAUGAAUUGCUGGCGACUUCCGAUCAGAAUCAGGCUACGACUCUGGAGGACUACCAACGACGGCUAGAGAACGCAGACAAUGGAGAUGACAGUGAUGAGGAGGAAUCCAAAACCAGCCAACAGGAGCCAAAUCUGAUGUUUUUCAGAAGCAUUCAGGAGCCUUGA